ACACCGGAAGUUUCAUUAGCACUCAGUCAGUUUAUGCUCCAGACAGCGAGCUGUGAGAGAAAAAUUGCGCUGUUUUGAAUGUGUGCUCAUCCUUCACGUGUCCCCUUCACCUGCGAACAUGACCUGAAGCUGUUUAUGAGCGAUCCGGGCGAAUAAGUGCGCGAGAGCAGACUCGGGUCAUGCGUCUCUUGCUGCGCUGGUUAAAGCUCUGUCUAUGCUGGAGAUGCAGUAAGCGGUCGAGCCGAACACUGGAUCUGUGGAGUUAUGGGAGGCUGCUGCUGAAGUCCCUCUACUUCAACGUCCUGACCAGUUCGGACACAGCUCUGGACUGUGUGUUUGAGCCCAUCUUCUGGCUGGUGGACAGCAUGAGCCGCUGGUUUGGAGUGGUGUUUGUGUCUCUGGUGAUCCUCUUGACCGGCUCCGUCGUGACGGUCGUGUAUCUGUGCAUGCUGCCCGUCAUCUUCAGCUCGUACCCCCUUCACUGGAUCCUCUGGCACCUCUGUUACGGACACUGGAACCUCCUCAUGAUCCUCUUCCAUUACUAUAAAGCCACCACCACGUGUCCGGGUUUCCCGCCGCAGGAAAAGAGUGAUAUACCAGCUGUUACUAUCUGUAAGAAGUGUAUCGUCCCCAAACCGGCCAGGACUCAUCACUGCAGCGUCUGCAGCAGGUGUAUUUUGAAAAUGGACCACCACUGUCCCUGGCUGAAUAACUGUGUAGGUCAUUUCAACCAGCGCUACUUCUUCAGUUUCUGUCUGUUCAUGAGCAUGGGCUGCAUCUACUGCAGCAUCAGUGUCAAAGACAUGUUUCUGCACACGCACAGCGCCAUCCAGAGCUCGUAUCAGACUCCCGCACCUGCCUUCGCUCCGCAGCAGAGCCUGCUGUAUCUGUGGGUGCUGACGAGUUCUGUGUCUGUAGUGUUAGGAGCGCUCACACUGUGGCACGCAGCGCUCAUCACCAAAGGACAGACCAGCGUGGAGAGACACAUCAACCGCAGAGAGACAACACGCCUCGGACUCCAGGGAAGAGUUUUCCGUAACCCUUACCACCGUGGAGUAAUUAACAACUGGAAAAUAUUUUUUGGUGUUGAGAAGCAGAGUGACUGGCUAACACGAGUGCUGCUGCCGUCCAGUCACCUUCCUCUCGGGGACGGCCUGACCUGGGACAGAAACCGCACCGUGACCAUAUGAUCAGAUAGACUCACAUCAUGAGCUCUGAUGAGCGCAGGCCUCUGUGCAGCACUCCUGUCCUUCAGAAGAGAACGACGGGUGGGUUUUCUGAUGAAAUGUGUGUUUAUGGCACCGUCUGAGAUCCUGUUUCAGCACAAGCAGAGUUCAGAGUUGAACUUGGUGCCACAGACUUCACGUGAAUGGGUUCUAGUGUGAAUAUUUAUAUUUUUCAACUCAAAUAUUCACUUCUGAUGGCAAUUCGAGGGAAUCUGUGUUCUUUAUGAAACGAUUUGAAUGUCCAGACGUAUCCGAAGUGGUCCAUGCAUUUUGUUAAAACGAAGUUUACAUUGUUUUGCAAAUGUAAGAGAGUGAAAUCAAAUCAAUCUGUCAUGCAGAGGAACAGCGAGAGCCUUCAGCACCUCACACACACACACACUAUAUUCCUGCUCUACAUGUUAUGCAUCAGUUGUUUUGUGCGUGUCAUUCAGGAGACGUGCAUGCAUUUAAAAGGCUACGCUUUACAUUCUUUGCAGAAAUGCAAUAUAAUAAUGUGUUAUAUUUACAACUCUUUCAAGAAGAAAUGUUUUGAAGUUUGGGGUCAGUAAAAAAAAAUGCUUUUAUUCUGCAAGAACACAUUAAACCACUGUUUCCCAUCCGCAAUGCCGUUAAAAAAAAUCUUUGCUUAAAUUGUAAAAAAGCAUAUAAUAUCCAUUUCUGAUGUCGCCAGUAAUUAGAGACGCUUUCACAUGGUGUGACGUAUUAUCCUGCUAGACCUAGCGUUAUUCUUUAUUUGUGCUCUCAUUAGUAGUAAUUUCUUUAUUUAAUAAUCAAAUGUGAUAAGAGUCUGUAAAACAUUGCAAUAUGCAUGGAAAAUGACAUUUAGUUCAGAAACAAAUCUUACUCUAGGUGCCAAUAUAUAAGACUUAAGACAGUUGCACAAAUGUGAAUUAAAUGAGUAAAUAAUGUAAACAGAUAUCUGGGUGGAGGAAAAUCUUGAACAAGUCAUCCAGGGUCCUAUUUCAGUCCAAAAAAGAAAUUAUAUUUGGCUGAAAGAACCUAAAUAUUUUUAGCACCUUUAAGAUUUUUUUUUUUUUAGAUUGUUACACCACUUUUAAUGAUAUUUAUUAUAUUACCAUUUUUUAUAUUACACAUUUUAAUGAUCACAAUUCUCAAUUCUGUAAUAAAAAUAUUUCAUUAUAAUUCAUUGUUUUUUACUGGCUGCUUGCUUGUCAUUUUUUAUUCAAUUCAAAGUUUGAAAUCAAGCAAUCUCGUGCUACUGCAACAAAAUCACCCCAAAUCAAAAAUACACCGAGUAUUUUUAUUAACAAAGUAAAUAUAUUAAGUGAAAGAGAUUCAGAUGACAAAAAGUUUGAGAAUGUCUGCAAAUAAGAAAUAAUGAGAAUUUGUGCAUUUUAAUGAGUUUGA